AUGGAAGUCAAACCGGUCAUAAGCGAAUACAGUGACAAUGAUCCCACUAAUGCAGUGGAACGUGCAAUCGGUGGUGCCAUCGGUACAGGACUGAUUAUUGGUACUGGCGAAGCUCUCGCAAAGGCCGGACCCGCUGCCAUUUUGAUUGCUUACGCCUUUGUGGGAUUCGUUAUUUACCUCGUGAUGUGCGCGCUUGGGGAAAUGGCUGCUUGGCUUCCACUGCCAUCGGGGUUCACGGGUUACGCGGUGCGAUUCUGUGACCCGGCGCUUGCCGGUGCCAUGGUCAUAUCAUACUGGAUUCCUGCACACAAGGUCAAUCCAGGAGUGUGGAUUACCAUCUUCCUGAUUCUCAUCAUCUGCAUAAAUUACUUCGGAGUCCGCUUCUUUGGCGAGUUCGAAUUCUGGUUGUCUUCCUUCAAGGUUAUUGUCAUUCUCGGUAUCAUUCUUCUUUCCUUCAUCAUCAUGCUAGGCGGAGGCCCGGAUCACGACCGGAAAGAUUUCUGGUACUGGAAGAACCCUGGCGCAUUCAACACCUAUCUCGAAAAAGGAAAUGCAGGAAGAUUUCUGGCUUUCUGGUCCACCAUGGUAUCAGCUACCUUUGCUUAUCUCGGAACGGAGUUGGUUGGCGUGACUGUCGGCGAAGCACAAAACCCACGACGGACCAUUCCUCGAGCGAUCAAGUUGACCUUUUGGCGAAUCCUUGUUUUCUACGUUCUUUCGGUCCUCCUAGUUGGUACCUUGGUUCCGUACAACGAUAAGAAACUCGCUUUUGCCAUAGGCGCCAGUAGUUCGGCUGCUGCGUCGCCAUUUGUCGUGGCUAUCGAGUUGUCCGGAAUCCCUGUUCUCUCCCACAUCAUCAACGCAUGCAUCCUACUAUUCGUCUUUUCUGCAGCUAACUCCGAUUUGUACAUCGCCACUCGCACCAUAUACGGCCUGGCUCGUGAAAACAAAGCUCUCAAGAUAUUUGCCCGUACCGACCGCCGUGGAGUACCCGUCUUUGCCCUGGGAAUUUCCUCAGUAUUCGCACUCCUCGCCUACAUGAACGUGACAAGUGACUCCAAGGUAGUCUUCAAAUAUUUUGUCAAUUUCGUCACGAUCUUCGGUCUCCUCACCUGGAUUUCAAUCCUGGUAACCCACAUCUGUUUCGUGCGCGCUCGAAAAGCACAGAAUGUCCCAGUGGAGAGCUUAGCAUAUGUUGCACCUCUAGGUGUGGCUGGUUCCUAUGCAGCCCUGGCUUUCUGCAUUCUCAUCGCCUUAACCAAGAACUACGAUGUUUUCACACAUAACAAGAAAUGGGGAAACUUCGACUACAAGAACUUCAUCACGGCUUACCUUGGCAUUCCGCUAUACCUGAUCUUGACCACCGGGUACAAGCUCGUCACUCGGUGUAAGGGCGUUGACCCUGCGACGGCAGACUUGUGGACUGGAAAAGAUGAGAUUGACCGCGAGGAGGCUGCUUACCUCGCCAAGAGAGAUGCCGAAGCAGAAAAGCAUGCACAGUCGCACUGGUUCUACCAGAAGUUUGUUUCAUGGCUAUUCUAG